UUGUUUAUAUUGAUUUGCUUUUCUGAACUUUUUCGCCGAGACGUUCGACGAAACAAAGGAAAAACCGGGAAGAAAUUCGAACUUCUUCGGCGGUAACAAUGGCAAUAUGAUUGUUUAAGGUCGAUGAUGGGUUGCCUGGCUCUGAGUUAUUGUUGAUCUCACUUGAAUUUUUCUGGGACCAUCAUUUUCACAUUGGCAUGGGAUUCGAUCAAAGUGUUGCUGAACCACUCGACCAUAUAGAUCAAACUCAUGUAGCAUGGAAAAUUACUGUGCACUCCCUAUCUGAUCUAUCUUAUAUAUCUCCUGUUGUAUUCUUAUACCUCCUAAAAGAAUGUUAUAUUCGUGGCACAUUGAAAGCAACUAAGAAGUUUCGAUUUCUUCAGCAACAAGUUCAUCUAGUACUUCAUAAUGGUCCCCGACCUGGACCAGCUACCUUUGUUAUUCAUUGCCUAUAUGUCUUGCCUAUAUUUGGAUUAUAUAGUGAAGGAUUCAGUCACUUGAUUACAUCAGCUCUCCAACGUUUUCUGAAAGUAGUGACAACCCUAGCAGACCUUGACAAGGCAAAGAACCUAGCUGCUCAGUUAUUUAUGGAUAUUGUUGGAGGAUUCAUUGAGCACGAUGACAGGAUAGUUGUGAAGAUUUUACAGGUAUAUGAUGUUCAAUUGACCAACAUCGAGAAAGUUCUGUUUAAAUCUAAGGCAAGAAAUAGGUGUUCCUCUGACUCAGCCAAAGACUUUGUUGAACAAUAUGUUUCCGAGUUAAUAGGAACUCAGGCUUACGCGACAGCAGUUGAUGUAUUAGAGCAUUUCUCUAUUCACCAAUCUGGGCAGUCUCUUCUCUAUAGCAUGUUGCAGAACAAUGAAUUUAAAGCAGCUGAGAAAUGGGCCACAUUCAUGGGAAAGCCAAUGUUACGUCUGCUUGUCCAGGAGUUGAUAAAUAGAAACAAGCUAAAAAGUGCAUAUGGCAUUAUAAAGAAAAAUGAUUUUCAGAAGGAAUUCCCCGAUGUCUAUCAGAAGUGUAAAGAGAGCUCCUUGAAGAAUUUAGCCGAAAAAGGAUGCUGGGAUGUUGCUGAGGCAAAAACAAACAGCAAUAGACAAUUUCUUGAAUAUUUGGUCUACUUGGCAUUGGAGGCUGGUUAUUUUGAAAAGGUCGAUGAACUUUGCAAUAGGUACUCCCUUACAGGUUUUUUGAAUAUCAAAGAACGUGAGGGAGGUUAUGGACAGAAGUCACAGAACCACUAUCUGAAUCUUAAUCAACUAAUUGUUGGGGACAUAUUGUGGGUUGAUAAUGCUGAUGCUUUACGACAUGCGACAUGCCAUCUCGAGGAGUGUAAAGUUGUUGGUAUUGAUUGUGAGUGGAAACCAAACUAUAUAAAGGGCAAGAAACCAAAUAAGGUAUCUAUUAUGCAAAUUGCUUCCGAGGAAAUGGCUUUCAUCUUUGAUUUGAUCAAGUUAUAUGAUGAUAUCCCCGACAUUCUAGACAAUUGCCUGACUCGCAUCUUGCAGUCUUCUAGUAUUUUGAAGCUCGGCUACAAUUUUCUAUGCGAUGUAAAGCAACUAUCCCAUUCGUAUGAAUCAUUGCAAUGUUUCAAACACUAUGAGAUGUUACUGGACAUUCAGAAUGUAUUUGAUCAUAGUGGAGGUCUAUCUGGGCUUGCAAAGAAAGUAUUGGGAGCUGGAUUGAACAAGACAAGAAGAAAUAGUGACUGGGAACAGCGGCCCUUAACGGUGAAUCAGCUAGAAAAUGCGGCUCUUGAUGCUGUGGUGCUUGUCCAUAUCUUCCGACAUGUCCGAGAUCAAUCACAGCCGUCUACGACAACGGAGGGGCAAACACGACCUGAGUGGAAAUCCUUUAUUGUCUCCCACAUGGACAACACCUUGAAACUAAAGAAGAAGAAAGACAGGAGCAAAAAGGAACCAGAAGUUGUAACCAACUUGUAAUAUCAAUUAAUCAUGUUAGGAUCCGUAUGGUACAUUUCUGCCUUUGUGUAAAUAUUCAUUAAAUCAAAAUUAUAUGUUGAUCUUCAGUGGUCUUCCAUGGAAA